CUCAUUUUAUGAUGACAUUCAAUCUUAAUUUAGAGAAAGAGAAAAGAGCUUUCUUAGUGUGAGAAGCAUGGGAACUGGAAAGAAAUACAGAGCUUUUCAGAGAAGCCUAUUUUUCCAAGUUUGCAGGUGACUGACUGCUCGUUUCUAUGCAGGUGGGGUUGUAGGUCAGGGGUGUGUAUGUGUACGUAUCUGGAAGUCCACACCCACUGUUAGCCAGAAAUAUCCAGGAAUACACUUCCAACAAGAACACGGGCCAGUUCAGCUUCUUCUGAGAGACUCUCUUGAAGACAUGAUGGUAUACUCAGCUUUGGCCCUCUGUCUCCUACUCUUCACAGUUUCUUCCAACCUUGCCAUUGCCAUUCAAAAGGAAAAAAGACCUCCUCAGACACUUUCAAGAGGAUGGGGAGAUGAUAUUACUUGGGUGCAAACUUAUGAGGAAGGUCUCUUUCAUGCUCGAAAAAGUAACAAGCCAUUGAUGGUCAUUCAUCACUUGGAGGACUGUCAAUACUGCCAAGCACUCAAAAAAGUAUUUGCUCAAAAUGAAGAAAUACAAGAAAUGGCUCAGAAUAAUUUCAUCAUGCUGAAUCUCAUGCAUGAGACCAUUGAUAAGAAUUUAUCACCCGAUGGGCAGUAUGUGCCCAGAAUCAUGUUUGUGGACCCUUCUUUAAGAGUCCGAGGCGAUAUAACUGGGAGAUACUCUAAUAGAUUGUAUGCAUAUGAACCUCAGGAUUUACCAGUAUUGAUAGAAAACAUGAAGAAAGCAUCAAGACUCAUUCAAACAGAGUUAUAAGGGAUGAUAGAAAAAUGCCUUCACUUCUAAGAAAUCAAAUGUCAUAUAGAAAACCUCUGGCUUGCUAACCAAUAUUAAUUAUGCAAGUAUAUGGAUUUUGUAACAUUACUAUUUAAAUCUGUUAGUAUGCUCACAAUAUUCAUAUGAAGAUAAAAUAAUAUUUCAAUAAAUGUUGUCAAAACCUGAGAACAUUGGGACCAACAAAUUGCAUAGUGGUUGCAUUACCGGACUCCCACAUAGUCGACCACGAUUCAAGUUCAGGACCCAGUGGCUUGAAACUCACA